AUGUGGAUAGAAUUAGAUUCCCACCUUCGACGUGUAAAAGGUGAAGGUAGGAAAUUAGAUCUCAAUUCCCUGAUCGACCUUGAGAGAAACAUACGGGAAUGUACUGGUAGCCUUGAUAAACUCCAAUCCAGUUUCUUCGAUUAUCUGAAACGCAAAAACACAGAAGAGAGCCUUGAACUUCUUGAUAACCAGAGUUUGAGAUGGCACAGUCAUACGUUAGUCAUAGAUCAAUCUAUUAAGGAAUUAGGCACGUGUAUGGAGCGGGCAGAGAAGCAAAAGUCAAUUGAGCCUGCAUUAUCUUCGAGACAAUCCAGUGCUGGGUCUAGUUCGAAAAAUUCAAGUGUGAUUUCUGUCAUCGCUAGAAAAAAGGCAAAGGCUGAGGCACAGAAGGCACGCCUGCAAUAUGCUGAACAAGAGGCGGCCCUAAAGAAGAGACAGGCAAGGCUUGAACUGGAAAGUGCUCGAGCUAGCGCAGCAGCCAAACUGGAGAAAGCCGACCUAGAAGCCGAUCUUGACCCACUUACACAAAAGAAGGAGGUCGCUGCUGCGGAAGCGGAAGCCCUUGAGGACUCGGAGGAGUUUAACCUAACUCAUAACCACGAUAGGAUAAAGGCUAUUCCGAAAUUUGACACGCAGCAACGAACAAGAGCCUAUGUCGAAGAAACAGUAUUUCAUGAUCAUAGUGCUGAACUCCCGGUGACAGCAGACCCACAAUUGCAUUUACCUAUGAAUCCAAAUGCACCUGUUUUUACUACGGCAACCAAUACGGACACAGGUAUAGCUAUGGACCUCACCCGUUUUCUGUUGAAGAAGGAUCUUCUUCUCUCAAGGUUAACAAAUUUUGAUGACAGACCAGAGUCAUACCAAACCUGGAAAUCAAGCUUUAAGUCAAUCAUGGCAGAUCUUAACGUCACCCCAAGAGAUGAGAUGGAUUUGCUUGAGAAAUGGUGUGGACCCGAAUCUAAACGACAUGUCGUAAGUCUCAAAGCUUCAAACUUCGGAUUCCCAGAAAGAGGACUUUUGAGAGUAUGGGAACGUCUUGACGAACGGUUUGGGGCACCAGAGAUGAUAGAAGCUUCACUUAGACAGAGGUUAGCGAGCUUUCCUAAGCUUACACCAAGAGACACCAAGAAACUGUUUGCUCUAUCAGAUUUAGCAUCCGAAAUUGAAUCACUCAAGGAGGAUAGCCAAUAUAAGUCUCUUUUAGGAUACUUCGACUCAUCGACAGGAGUCUCACCAAUUGUGUCCAAACUUCCACAUAACCUACAAGAGAGAUGGACCAAUGCUGCAAUAAAGUUUACAAAAACACACCAUGUCGCAUUUCCUCCAUUCAGUUUCUUCUCUGAAUUUUUGAGAGAUCUAAGUAAAGUGAAAAACAAUCCCAGUUUCACAUAUGACCAACCUAAUGGAAGCAAGAAUGAUAAGACUGUACAAAGGAAUCCUCAAGAGAGAAAGAACAUCUCAGUCAGGAAAACCAACGCUGAUAGCAUACAAAACAGUGACAGAAACAGAAAGACUUGUUUUCUACACAACGUUAGUUCCCACACUCUCAACAAAUGUAGGGCCUUCCUUACCAUGUCGAUGGAGGAGAGGAAGAAGUUGUUGCGGGAUAAGAAGGUCUGCUUCCGGUGCUGUGAAUCGACGUCACACAUCAGUCGCAACUGUGAUGUGAAACAACCUUGUAGCGAAUGUAAUAGUGAAAGGCACUGCACAGCACUCCAUCUUGAGCAUCAGUCAAAUUCAGGCUCCUUAGAGUACGGCGAGGAGCCUGCAUCACUGGUAUCUAAAUCUCCUGUCCAAGUUAACUGCACGCAGAUCUGUGGCAAUAAGUUCAAAGGGAAAUCAUGUGCCAAAAUUGUUCUUGUUGACGCGUUCCAUCAAGACCGACCCACAAACCGCAUCAGACUUUAUGCUAUGAUUGACGACCAGAGCAACAUGUCACUGGCCAAAUCACAAUUAUUUGACCAACUUGGCAUUAAAGGAAAACAACACAACUACGUGUUAUCUUCGGUGUCCGGGGUUUCGAAGACCACAGGCAGAGACUCGACUAAGGUUAUCGUUGAACCUGUAGACAGGUCUAUAAGUCUUGACAUUCCCAUCCUGUUAGAAUGUGACCGCGUCCCUGAAAUUCGCGAUGAAAUACCUACUCCUGAGGUAGCCGAAAACUACGCCCAUCUCAGAGACGUUGCCAAGUGUAUUCCUCCUAUUGACAACACUGCUCACAUUUUGAUGCUUAUUGGAAGGGACGUAAUUAGAGCUCAUCAUGUUUUGGACCAGAGAAUAGGACCAUCAAACACGCCAUAUGCCCAGAAACUCCCUCUCGGUUGGGUCAUAAUCGGAGAGGAUUGCUUAGGAAGGACUCACAUUCCAGAACUAGUAAAUGUUUGUAAAACCAAUUUCCUAGCAGAUGGCCGACCAUCACUCUUCAAACCCUGUCCGAACGAAUUUGAGUGCAUCUACGAUGCGAACAGGUCCUUAAAGGAGCUUGAUGUAUUAGGAAAACAUGUGUUCCAUCGUACAAAAGAGGAUGAGAAAGUCAGUAUGUCACAGGAAGACCGAAGGUUUCUCGGCAUCAUGAAAGAAGAGCUUGUGAAAGGUGAUGAUGGUAAAUGGAUAGCUCCACUGCCAUUCCGCGAUCUACGACCAAGAUUGACUAACAACCGAACACAAGCUGUUAAACGAGCAAGAACCCUGGAUACCAGUCUGCGAAAGAACCCCGUGAAGCGACAGCACUUCGUAGACUUCAUGGAAAAGAUAUUUAGUAGUGGCCACGCCGAGUUAGCGCCGGCGCUUAAGGACAGCGAAGAAUGUUGGUAUUUACCAAUUUUCGGUGUAUACCACCCGCGGAAACCGGAGCAACUUAGAGCAGUGUUUGACUCCUCGGCAAGGCACAAUGGAGUUUCAUUGAACGAUGUCCUCAUGUCUGGUCCAGACCUUGCAAAUAGCUUGCUUGGAGUGCUGAUGCGGUUCCGAAGGGAGUCGGUGGCUAUAGUAGGAGACAUUGAGCAAAUGUUUUAUUGCUUUCAAGACUUCGAAAGUCAGCCGAAGGAAAUGAUGAUGACGUUUCCGACUUUGUCACUAAUGACUUCUACGUGGAUGACGGGCUUACCUCAUUACCAACUGUCGACGAAGCUGUUGACCUUAUGA